UAGAACAACAUAUUAUAUCUUCUUCUAUAUUAUUUUAUAGAACAACAUAUUAUAUCUUCUUCUAUAUUAUUUUAUAGAACAACAUAUUAUAUCUUCUUCAACAUUCGGAAUUAAUUUACUGCAGUUUUGUAAGACGUGUGGUUUUUAAUGUAUCGGUUGUUUUGGGCGAGAGAUACGGGAUGUCUUUAUUUUCGUAACAUUUGGAUUUCUGUCAUCACGGUAUAGAGGAGCAGGGUAUCAUCCAGACAGACAGACUGACAGGAGGACUGACUCCACGGUAACACAACCUACUACCUGGUUACCAACACCAGCGCUACCAUGACGACUCCCCCCAGCUCGUUCCAGCAGGAGCCCCUGACCCCCCCCAGACCCCCCCACUCCUCCUCCCUGAAGCCKAACCAGGUGGGUCAAGUGGUUCUGUAUGGUGUACCCAUCGUCUCCUUGGUGAUCGACCAUCAGGAGCGGCUGUGUCUGGCCCAGAUCUCCAACACUUUGCUGAAGAACUACAGCUAUAACGAGAUCCACAACCGCCGCGUGGCGCUGGGUAUCACCUGUGUUCAGUGCACCCCUGUCCAGCUGGAGAUCCUGAGGCGAGCUGGCGCCAUGCCCAUCUCCUCCCGCCGCUGUGGCAUGAUCACCAAGCGAGAGGCGGAGCGGCUGUGUAAGUCCUUCCUGGGYGAGAARAACCCCCCCAAACUGCCCGACAACUUCGCCUUUGAUGUGUCACACGAGUGUGCCUGGGGUAGCCGUGGUAACUUCAUCCCAGCGCGCUACAACAGCAGCAGAGCCAAGUGCAUCAAGUGUUCCUACUGCAGCAUGUACUUCUCUCCUAACAAGUUCAUCUUCCACUCUCACCGUACUCCUGAAGCCAAGUACACCCAGCCGGACGCUGCUAACUUCAACUCCUGGAGACGCCACCUGAAGCUGUCAGAUAAAACCCCUCCUGAUGACCUGGCGUUUGCCUGGGAGGACGUGAAGGCCAUGUUUAAUGGUGGCAGCAGGAAGCGGUGUCUACCCUCAUCUCACUGCUCCCCCAUGGGGCCGGGYAAGGMUGUGAACUCUGGUCUGCCCCACAUGAUGACCCCUGACCUGGUCCAGAAGAGGAGCCGCUURGAGGAGGAGGAGGACCUGGAUGGAAGCAGCCUGUCUCCCCYUAAGAACCCUCGCAGCUACCCGGUGAUCCCUGUGCCCAGUAAAGGGUUCGGCAUGCUGCAGAAGUUCGCCCCCACCUCCCUGUUCCCCAACCCCUACUCCUUCCCAGCCUUCAGCCUCUGUCAGCAGAAGAAAGAUGACAGUGAGGUGGCUGGAGGACAGAAGAACACUGGUCUGUCAGGUCUGCUGUGGCCCGGUCGUAAAGACACCUUCUACCCUCCGUUCUGCAUGUUCUGGCCCCCUAGGGCCGCUGGGGGCCUCCCAGUGCCCACCUACCUGCAGCCACAGCCCUCCGUCAACACUCUGUCCUCAUUGGCCGAGAGCCCRUCCCUCAGGCAGGCCUUCCUCGACCUAUCAGAGCACUCACAGCCAAGGGCAGGGCCAGACAUGAGGGCCACACCCAGGUCAGGCCUGUUUGACCCUGACUCCUCCCCCCUGACCUCUGACCUGCGCCCUGUGACCUCAGAGGGCUGGCUGAAGCUGCUGGAUGUCCCGUCUCUCCAGGCCAGGAAAGCCUCCUACCACUCAGCCUUCCGACCCGUCGUCAAGGAUGCAGAGAGCAUCGCCAAGCUCCAUGGAAACCUGGAGGAGUUUGGUUCGGAUCGCCACCUGUCCCCCGCCACCAGCUGCAGCUACGCCUCUGAGAGCGGAGGAGAGGGGGAGGAAGAGGGAGAGGGAGGAGAGAGUGAGGAGGAAGGAGAGGUGGAUGUAGAGACCAAGCAGGAUGAAGAGGAGGAGGAACACUUCAACAGACCAACCCCACCACAGACACACAGCGGCCUGCACCUCCGAGGGCUGACUGAAGGAUCAGGACCUUGGGAGAGAGGAGAGAAAGAGGCUGURACCUUCCCCUGCAGCCCUGCAGAUCACAGCCAGGACCAGAGCAGCAGUAGCCUGCCUGCCUCUCCCCCUGCUCCCCCUGCCAGCCCCACACUCUCUCUCCCCAGCCCCACACACACCCCGCUGCCACUGGAGGACCAGGCCUACAAAAAUACUCAUAAAAGCAGAGACCCGACGUUCUGCCUGUUUACACAACCAAAAAGAAACUCCAACAUAACUCAGCCCAGCAGUUUCUUUGUAUCAGAGACAGAAUCAUCUGGCCCAGAGUACUGGAGAGACGGGGAUCAAACUCAAGAUGGAAGUUCCCCCGUGCCACUAAAGGAGGAUGUUGAGAACAUGGAGAAAGAGGAACUCCAGAAGGUUCUGUUGGAACAAAUCGAUCUACGAAGACGACUAGAACAGGAGUUCCACGCUCUGAAGGGAAACUCCCCCUUCCCUGUGUUCCAUGCCAAACAUCAUCCGGAAAGAAAAGAUCACAUCACAUCUUAACAAAAAGAGCUAAAUUGGAACUUGGAAGUCCUGAACCAUCUGGACAAGAACCUGAGGUCCUAUGAACCUUAGGAGUGAAAUGGAGAGGAGUGAAACCAACUAAAACAGACAACUAUGAAAAAGGACAAAAAAAGGACGUGAAGAUGUUUGACAAUACAACAUGUGACCUCGUCCCCCAACCAAUCCUUGACAGUCUCUGACAUGGAGCAUGGAGGAAACAAAUAAAGACUUUGUCUACUACUCUGACACCAGGUCCAAACCUAGAACAAUAUUAAAUACUACUGCAGUGAAAUACUACAGCAGACAGCCUGUCCACCUGUAUAUAUUCCACCUGCCGUCCCAGGAUACACACAGAACCAAUCAGCUAUGAAGGACUCCGAUCUGUAUUGGUGUUCCAAUACAAUGAUUGAACUCUUUUCAUCACAAUGUAUCUAUAUGUGUUUGUUUAUCUGAUCUGAUUAAAUGACUGACUACAUUACUGAUUACAUUACUAUGAUCCUGAUCAUGACAUGUCACAUGUUGAAGUAGGAAGUCAACAGACAACAGUAGAAACAGCCCCCCCUAGUUAAGAACAUAUCAUGGAUAAAUUGUCAUGAAUACAAAAUCAAUAAUGUUAUUAUUACAAACUGUUAAUGUAUUUAAAUAUGUCAUUGUUGUUUCUAUACUAUUUAUGUGGAUAAAUAAAAAGUCUAUACAAGAA